AUGGGUGUAACUGUAACCCAGAGUGCUCCUGGGGAGAGUUCAAUCGACAAAAUGAUAAUCAAAUUGUUGAAGAAUGGCCUGGAGAGUAAGGGUGCAAUCGAGGCGAAGUUCUCCAGUAUCACCCAAUUUCAUCUACCAACCAGUAGUAGUACCUCGCAAGGAAAUUCAAAUGAUCCCUCCUUUGCUGCUAGUAUCAUCACUCCACAGCUUGUAACAAAACUCGAAGGACCAUCUGAUAGUAAUCAGCAGCAAGUAGAAGAUAACGAUGAUGAUGAGGAGGAAGAAUCCAAAUUGACUAUAGAGGAGUCCUUUCAACCUCCAGAUACAGUCUCCCCAGAGGGAUGA